CAGGAUUUUGAUUGGGAGAUAACUGAUCAUCAAUGGGUCCAGCAUUUCAUUUUCGCAUUGCUUCUUAUAUACCUUAUGAGCUAAAAUAAUGCAGGCCAUGCAAAGUUUUCUUAGUUUUAUUUUCUUCUUCUUCUUCUUAUUUUCUAGCUCAAAUAGAGAGUAUCAACUUGAAGAAAAUCAGAGACUAUAACCAUAUAGCUCUGUGUAAAACGAAACCAUGGCCAUGUCUUUCAUCUUUUGGAUAUGUCUAUGUAUUUUCUCUGUGUCAGCUGAGCUUCAACUAUUAGAGCAACCCAUUAAAAGUGAUGGGUCUCUAAGCUUUUUGGUUGUUGGAGAUUGGGGAAGAAAAGGAGAUUACAAUCAGUCCCAAGUCGCUCAACAGAUGGGAAAAAUAGGAGAUGAACUGAACAUAGACUUUAUAGUCUCGACUGGGGACAAUUUUUAUGAGGAUGGAUUGCGCAGCAUAAAUGACCAUGCAUUUGAUAAGUCCUUCACACAAAUUUACACUGCUGAGAGCCUGCAAAAGCAAUGGUACAGUGUUCUUGGAAACCAUGACUACAGAGGAAAUGUAGAGGCACAGUUGAGCCCCACACUAGGAAAACUCGACAGCAGAUGGUUUUGCCAGAGAUCUUUUGUGCUAAACACAGAGGUUGCAGAGUUCUUCUUUGUUGAUACAACUCCUUUUGUGGACAAAUACUUUCUAAGGCCAAAACAUCAUCAUUAUGAUUGGAGAGGAGUACUACCUAGGAAGGAGUAUCUUUCAAAUCUCGUAAAGGAUCUUGAUUCAGCAUUGAGAAAUUCGGCUGCAAAUUGGAAAAUAGUCAUUGGGCAUCAUACAAUCAAAAGUGUAGGACAUCAUGGUAAUACAAAAGAGCUUGUAGAGCAGGUCCUACCAAUCCUAGAGGCAAACAAUGUCGAUCUCUACAUAAAUGGACAUGAUCAUUGCUUGGAGCACAUGAGUAGCACCACAAGCCCAAUCCAGUUUUUGACCAGUGGAGGUGGUUCAAAAGCAUGGAAAGGUGAUUUUUAUAGGCUGGAUCAAGAAGGAUUGAAGUUCUACUAUGAUGGCCAAGGAUUCAUGUCUGUGCAACUUACACAAGCCAAUGCAAAGAUUGUGUUCUAUGAUGUAUUUGGCAGAGUUUUGCAUGAUCUGCAUUUGUCCAAGGGGCUCAACUAUGCAAUGUAGAGAUUUUGCUCAGAAAAAUAGUAUUAUUUAUCUUCAAAAAAGUAACAUAUAUAAUAUUGCCAUUAGGAAGAAAUUCUAUGCAUCCUGCUCACAUUUUUACAACUGUUUAUGCUCAGAAUCUAGCAUAACGGUUUACCUUUAACCAAAAAUAAUAAUAAUAAUAAUAAUAAUAAAAUAACCCCAAAAAAAAAAAAAAAAAAGAAAA